AUGGGUUGGUUCUGGACAGACACCCCGCAGACUUCUGCAGUCUCAAUCCCACAUGCAUCCUCAAAUGCAUCUCCUCCACCGGGAUGUCCGAUGCAUGAAUCGGGCUCGAAGCCCUCACCCUCACCAGCACCUGCUGCUGAACUCCCCAGCAGCUGUCCUAUGAAGUCGAAAGAUUCUCCAUUCUAUUCGGCCCCAAAAUCAACACCGGCGCAAACACCGCAGCCACCCACGGACACCGCACCGCAGCCCUCCACUCUCUCAAAGCUUAAUCCUCUGAACUACAUGUUCUCGUCUAUUUCCCAAGAGCGCGCCGCUAAUCAAACUGUUGACCUUCCUGUUGAGCGCGAAGGCUCUUCGAUCCCAAGGGGCGACGGCGAAGGCAACUGGGAGUAUCCGUCUCCCCAACAAAUGUACAAUGCCAUGCUGCGCAAAGGACACACAGACACCCCCCCAGGAUGCAGUGGAAUCGAUGGCGCCUGGGACGAAAUCGUGGGAUGGGAGCGCGUAUUCGCCAAGGGUCUCAAGUCUGGAUGGGACCACUGCCGCCGCGGCGAGGAAAACCUGAGCAUGGACUUGACCUAUGCAGAUGAGAAUGGUAAAUUCGAUUCGACCUCCGAGCCUCGUCUACUACGGUUCCAAGGUCGGCCACAAGAGUGGUCACCUAAGGCACAGGUAUACCAGGCACUGAGCUGGGCGUACCCAAGCAAGUUUGAGACAAGUCCUCCAUUUGACCGUCACGAUUGGUAUGUCAUCCGCCAGACACCUUGGGGCCCGAAGGAAGUUCGAUACGUGAUCGAUUACUACUCUGGGGAUCCAGAUCCCCACGGACUACCUGUCUUCCACCUUGAUAUCCGCCCUGCUUUAGAUACACCAACGGCUGCUGUUGAGCGCUUAAUGAGGUGGGGAGGUGAUGUCUGGUGGAGGGCUAGCGGCGCAGCUGUUCGUGAACAGACCUCGCGCUGA